GACUCGGCCACUCGCUGCCCAGUCUCUGGUGGAAUGGCAACCAGACUGGAUUACUGCAGUUAGGAGAUCCCAGCCUUUUCUUACAGCAGUCUAUGUGAAAAUUACUGUUCACAUUUCUGAAUGACAGAGUGCUGAGAUAAUUCAGUCAUGGCUCCCAAAAAGAUGCCUCCAAAGAAGGGAGGAGAUGGACCAAAGCCACCCCCUCUGAUCGGACGUUUUGGGACCUCACUGAAAAUUGGAAUUGUGGGAUUACCAAAUGUGGGUAAGUCAACGUUCUUCAACGUGCUGACGAAGAGUCAGGCGGCGGCGGAGAAUUUCCCCUUCUGCACCAUCGACCCGAACGAGAGUCGUGUGCCCAUUCCAGACGAGCGCUUUGACUUUCUCUGCCAGUACCACAAGCCCGCCAGUAAGGUCCCAGCCUUUCUGAAUGUGGUGGACAUUGCUGGCCUGGUGAAGGGAGCUCACGCAGGGCAGGGAUUGGGCAAUGCUUUCCUCUCUCACAUCAGUGCCUGUGAUGGCAUUUUCCAUAUGACACGAGCGUUUGAGGAUGAAGACAUCAUCCAUGUGGAAGGAUGUGUUGACCCAGUGCGGGACAUUGAGAUUAUUCAUGAGGAGCUCAGGAUGAAGGAUGAGGAAAUGAUCGGGCCAAUUAUAGACAAGCUGGAGAAAACAGCCGUAAGGGGCAGUGACAAGAAACUCAAACCCGAAUAUGACAUUAUGUGUAAAAUAAAGUCUUGGGUGGUUGAUGAGAAGAAACAUGUGCGCUACUACCAUGAAUGGAACGACAAAGAGAUUGAGGUGCUGAAUAAAUAUCUGUUCCUGACAUCCAAGCCCAUGAUCUACUUGGUAAAUCUCUCAGAGAAAGACUACAUCAGGAAAAAAAACAAAUGGCUGGUGAAGAUUAAGGAGUGGGUAGAUGCCCAUGACCCCGGCGCUCUGGUCAUCCCUUUCAGUGGAGGAUUUGAGAGCAAGUACCAGGACAUGAGCGAAGAGGAGAAACAGAAGUUCUGUGAGGAAAAUAAAACCCUAAGUGUGUUGACCAAGAUCAUAAAGAGUGGCUAUGCAGCACUACAGCUGGAGUAUUUCUUCACAGCAGGACCUGAUGAAGUACGCGCAUGGACCAUCAGGAAAGGCACGAAGGCACCGCAGGCAGCUGGUAAGAUCCACACAGACUUUGAGAAAGGCUUCAUCAUGGCAGAGGUUAUGAAGUUUACGGAUUUCAAAGAGGAGGGCACUGAAGUGGCUGUUAAGGCUGCAGGAAAGUACAGACAACAGGGAAGGAACUACGUUGUGGAGGAUGGAGACAUCAUUUUCUUCAAAUUCAACACACCCAAUCAGCCCAAGAAGAAAUGAUGUCAUUAUAUAGACCUUCAGAGAUUGGGUGGACUGUACCAUGUGAGAUGAGGGGGAACUAUUCUGCAGAUCUGAGGAAUUACCCAUGAGCUUUCUUCACUUUGGCUUUGGAACAUUCAGUGUAUCCACACAAAGAAUUUGUGUGUAUUUUUUUUUUUUUUGUUUCGCCGUUUGUUAUUUGAGAGCCUCAUAGCGGAGGUGUACUUUAUGCCUUGUCCUCUCGCACUCAAAUGCUGCAUGCCACACAGCAAAACCAGACGGCCACAUCUAAUAAAACACUUCUCCAGACCAGAACUGUGUGACUGCACCAAAGUUUUUCUUAGCCGAAAUGGAAGAUGUGUAUAUCUGUGUUGUGGAAAUGAGGGGUGAAAAAUCACAGGGGCUCAUUAAAGGAGUAAAACGUGAUGAAUAUA